AUGGCCGAAGAUAACAACAACAUGCAGCCGGACGUCCUCAGCGCCCUGGUUGCCGAGAUACGAAGUCUGAGAGAAGAGAGUUCCCGAAGAAACACCCAGUUUGAAGAACGUUUUAUUGCCCUGGAACUCCAACAACACCAGCAAGCCCGUUCGUCUGAACUCCUAGAGCCAACGCCAUCUGUCACCCCGGCUGUCCCCAUUGAGGACACUCGUGUGGUCGCCACUCACAACCCUCACCCAACCAAGCGCCCCAAAUUACGAGACAUACCGAAAUUCGGCGGCGACAAGGCCCAGUGGCGAAGCUGGAAACUAGAAACCGAAGGAAAGCUACGAGUCGACAAAGAAGCCCUUGGAGAUGCAGAAGGCCACUUUAUGUACAUCUUCAUGAGCCUAGAAGGCAAGGCUAAAGACAACGUGACCACAUUUGUGGAGAUGCAAACCGAGAAGAAAACGUUCAAUGUUGCUGAACUACUCAACCGCCUCGAAUUGCUGUACGGGGAGAGGGAUCGCAAGCAGAGAGCUACACGCAACCUGCAUUCGAUUAAGCAAGGAGAGAAUGAACCGUUCACGUCCUUUUACCCCCGCUUUGAGAGGGAGAUCGCCAAUGCCAACGCCGAGUAUUGGCCAGAUGACAGCAAGAUUUCCUACCUCCAGGAGGCACUAAACGAUAAAAUGAAAGCAGCCCUCAUAGGCUCUGACCCUCUGCCAUCAGCAGCUAUGUUGGGCUGGCGAGGAGGUGCGAUUCGCUGA